AGAAUUCAGGUUUCUUCGUUUCUUGUUCAGGUGAACUGAGAUGACCACUACGGGAUGCAAUGGCUUUUAACRAAUAAAACUAUUACAAACAGUGUUGAGUAAACAGAUGCGAUUAUGUCACGAAUUCGUUGCUUGCCAAUACUGUUUCUAUUGGGAAUGAAUGUUGCUUCGUAUGCUGUUGCGGAUAUCUUAAGGACAGAAUGUCUGAAUGAAGGCUUGUUCACAAACGUGGAAAAUGACAAAGCCCUCGUAGGUCACGUGAUAGCCACUCAUUCAGUUAGAUCUUCGAUUGAAUGUGCAAUGGCAUGUACCUCAAAACCGGGCUGUUUGUCGUGCAACAUAGACGUUUCCCAAAAAGUCUGCGAACUCAACAACGAGACCAAACAAACCAAGCCUGGGGACCUGAAGAGCAGUCCUGGUAGCAACUACUACGAUUCAGAGUCCAUUCCCGUUUGUCACAAUGGAGGAACUCCCAUAGACAUCUGCAGGAGUAAUCAUGGUGUGAUGUGCACGUGUACACCGAGAUGGACUGGUGAUGAUUGCAAUAUUCCACGCGUGGGAUCGGUGGACUAUAUGCCAGGACAAUCAUGUCGUAGCAUCAAUACUGCUGGUGAUGCUGUAGGUGAUGAUAAUUACUGGAUCAAGCCGCCCAACACCAAUGACACAUUCAAAGUUUUCUGUCACAUGUCGCUGCUGGGAGUAUGGCAAAGAGUUACCAUGUCAUGGUAUCACAGCAUGGCAACUGCUGGUGUAUCAAUUACCAAGACUGAGGUCAGCGGUGGUCUACAAAUUUCUGGCAGUGUUACGAAUUAUGGGUGUGGAGGCGGCACAGGGUCUGGGUCGAUUAUCUACAUCAAGGGUUACUGGACAAAAAUCAAAUAUACUCAAGAGUUUAAAGGAAUAUCGUCCUGUUGGCGCAUCUUUGGAAAUGUACAGUUCAAUAACCAGGGCGGAGCUAUUGGACAAACCAAUCAUGGGUUAUGCCAGUUUGAUAAAACAAAAGACACCAUUACUAACGAGCUCUAUAUGGGUGGACCGAAAAGUCAUUUGUUUCCCGGCACGACAAUAAGAUGCGAUCAUUUAAGCGACAACUUGUGGCAAAAUUCCGUGUCAGGUGGUGUGCGUCGCGCAACUGUCACUCUUCGACGCAACGCAAGUGUUACCCUAGCAGGAAUAUAUACUUCCACGUCUUGUGGAAGACCACAGUAUGUCAUAAAAGACAUUUAUAUUUAUUUCUAAGA